AGCGGCCACACUGAUGGGAGUGUAUGAGGAGCGCGCCCCUCCUACCACCGGCAUGCACUGGCAGCCGCCCAGCUCGCAGGAGCGUAGCAGCGGCUUGGCUGUGGGGCGCCAGGGGGGACCUGGUAGCACGGGCGGGCCCGGUGCGGUGGAUCAGGCGAGGGAUCUGAGUCCCUGCCUUCCCGCGUCGAUGGGCGAUGCUGCACGACCUACCACUCUACCGUGCAGUCCUCCUGCUGCCCAUCACCACGGGUCCCAUCAUACGCCCCUGCAUCAGACCCACUGUGGCACCAAUAACAACUGUUACGACGGCUCGACCACCCCUUAUGAGUCGAGGGAUUACGAUUCACCCGGAGCAGUCGGGCAAGAAUACAGGGGCAGUGGUGGAAACUUCGAGAACGCCAAUGAUUUAAGCAUGCCGACAGCGCAUCACCAUCAUCAUCAUCACCAUCAUCACCAUCAUCAUCCCCAUCUGCAUCCGCAGGCGCAUUCUCAGGAACAACAAACGACGGAUCACUUACACGCCAUCCCGAAGCUGGAACCGCCGCCUACGCCACCCUCGCAAUCCGAAGACGUUCCGGGGAAUGUGGUUUGCGCGGGAUGCGGUCUCAAAAUAUCAGAUAGGUUCUACCUCCAGGCAGUCGACAAGAGGUGGCACGCCGCGUGCCUCCAGUGCUCGCACUGUCGUCAGGGUCUCGACGGGGAGGUCACCUGCUUCAGCAGAGACGGCAAUAUCUACUGCAAGAAGGACUACUAUCGGAUGUUCGGCAGCAUGAAGCGAUGCGCGCGCUGCCAAGCGGCGAUCCUCGCGUCCGAGCUGGUGAUGCGCGCGCGCGAACUCGUUUUCCACGUGCGGUGCUUUUCAUGUGCAGCGUGCGCCGUGCUCUUGACGAAGGGUGAUCACUUCGGCAUGAGGGACGGCGCCGUGCUCUGUCGAUUGCACUACGAAAUGGGCGCCGAACUGCAUCCGGCCCAGAGUCCGCCGGUCCCGGUCUACCCACCCGGGCCGCACUACCCCGGCCAGCCCUUUCCCUCGCCCGAGUUCCUCCAUCACCAUCAUCAUCAUCACGCGCCACCGCACCCUCAUCACUCGAUGCACCCCCAGCACCCGCAUAGUCACGUCAGUCCGGUGCCACUGCAACCCUCCACGCCCUCCGUUCCCGAUGCUUCUUCACCCCCAAAGGUGCCCUACUUCAAUGGCGCCGCCGCCGUGGUCCCACCGCCCAGGCAGAAGGGUAGACCCAGAAAGAGGAAGCCUAAGGAUCUUGAGGCUAUGACUGCGAGUCUUGACCUAAACGCGGAUUACAUAGACAUGCCCUUCGGUAGAGGAGGCCCCGGAACCCCCGGCAUGCCCGGAUCCAACAGCAGGACAAAGCGGAUGAGAACGAGCUUUAAGCAUCACCAGUUAAGAACGAUGAAGAGCUACUUCGCGAUCAAUCACAAUCCCGAUGCGAAGGAUCUCAAGCAGCUUUCCCAGAAAACUGGCUUGCCGAAAAGGGUGUUGCAGGUCUGGUUCCAGAACGCGCGAGCAAAAUGGCGGCGUAUGGUACUGAAGCAGGAGGGCAAGUCCGACAAGUGCGACGGCGGAGUGGACGGCGGUAAUCUCGGCGACCUUGAGCUCUACGGGAACAGCACCGGAAGUGGCGGGCCGCCGAUGAGUCCGCCCUUCAUGCUCGGCGGUCCCCACAGUCCUGCGUCUCUGGCAUCCCUGGACUGCGCGUGAUCCUUGACGUCCGAGUCCGUGCUUUCUAGCUAGCGCGUCGCACAUCCUCGUCUUGCGACAGGACAUCGGUAUUGGGACGUGCAUCCUUACGGACGUGAGUGAACUCGCUCGACGAGUGCGUGAGAACAAUGAAUUGUGAAUAGUCGGUGAGCGUGUAAAAAGGAAAGAGGAAUAACUUUUCCGUGAACGAAAAUUUGCGGGCGAAUUAGCAAAGACCACUCGUGGAGCAAGACUCGAGGAGUGAAUUUUUUUUUUAGAGCGCCGACUUUUUUCUGUCGAAUUGCGAGUUCUCUUUCGAUGGACGAAAUGUAUGAGAAAGUUUAUUUCUCGUAUUAUCGUCCCGCGAGCCGAAAACGAACUUCUCGAGGUCCUCGCUUCGAAUCAAGACGAUAUAUUUAAAAUUUGACGCGCUGACGCGCGAAUCCGUUUAAUUGAUAAAAUCGUUGUAUUUAUUGUAGCUCGAAUUGCGGCGCUCCGCCGCGAAACACUAAAGUCGUUUGUUGAGGGCAAUGUAAUUAGUGAACGAGAUUUAUUUAUUCGCCUAAGUCUAACUAAAAAUCGCGAACAUUACCAGUGCUGUGAAAAUUCUGCGUUUCGCGAGCAGUUCUCGAACAGUUGUCGGUUGCUGUCAUCUGACAACGAAUGAAACUCUCGCGCGGUCUUUCAUUUAUUAUAUGUUUGAAGGACGUUAAUUGUUACAUCGGUCGACGAAACGAUUUACUGAAUUACUGAUUAUCUGAUACUUUUUAACUUCACCGUAUGAGUAUCUUGUCACUGCUUGAGAAUCCCAUUUUUUAAUUCUUUAAUCACAAUCUAUAUUCGUGAGUCCACACUCGGACAUUUCUUUCAACUACGUUGCGAAAAAUUGUUUAUAAUAAAUGUUUUUCAUACAACCUUACAUCCCAUAUAGGGUCUUCAGCAGUUACAACGAAACCAUCGCUUAGUCAUACUAUGACUGUCAACUGACGGCUAAGGUUCUGUCAACCAGUACUGGGCUAUUAUUGGCAAAUAAUUCACUGACAAAUGACGGCUAAAAUUCUGUUAGCCACCACAGUCCAAUAACUAGCUGACAAAUGACAGCCAAAGUUUGUCAACCAGUACUAGGCCAUCACUGGCAAAUGACUGGCUAAGUACUUAGUCAGUACUGUGUAAAUUGCUAAUACCUAGUCAGUACUUGAACUGACUAGGUAUCAAUAAGUAAUAGUCCAGCAUUGGGCUGAUUGUAAAACCCUAUAUGGGAUAAUUUUGAAUCAUGUAAUCUUAUAUUCCUCAAACCUUUAAAAUAAAUAAAAGAUAUUUAAUUACGUUUAAUUUAAGCAAAGAUACAUUAAUUUAAAAUACGUAGGACCCGCGAAUAAAUUAUGGAAAUUUUGAAGCGAAUACAAAUUAGGAUUAAUCAAAUUGACUACUACAAAGAAAGAACGGUUUUGCUGACCAAAAAAAAUCUAGAUACAGAUUUGAAAACAAUUUUGUUGGACACGAUAAUUAUGUAAGGCAUUAAUUGCUAGAAUAUCGAAACUUUUUACAGUUUGAACUUUCUGAUGAUCGAAUAAUUAUUUUCAGAUUUGUGUGUCCAACAAAAAUUUUAGACACUUUAGCAAAACUAUUCGUUCGGUAUGCUGAUCGAAAUAAUCGAAAUUUACGUUUUUCUUUGAAAACAGAUACUUGUACCAUCAAUUGAAUGAACGCACCCGAAUACUUUUAGAAAUUAAUUGACUCCAUAUCGAAUGCUCGAGCGAAACGCUGGAUUUUGACGAGAGGAUAAUAUUAAUUAUUUAUAAAAGAAAGAACGAGCAGCGAACGCGCAUUAUUGUAAUUGUACAAUAUUGCUCAAGAUCAGACCGCGACAAACCCAUAAAGAAGCAACUCCAUGGUUCGACCUGGUUAUUACUGUAAAUAAAGAACGUUCCUCGCGCGUUUUCUUUAAGGCACCGUUAUAAGUUGUAGGGCCCUAUUAAUUGCAUUCGGUAGCGGUCGUACUUCUCUAGACGAGAGGUAAAAGUAAUAGUAAAUGAAGAUACGCAGGACACUAUUGUUAUUAUUGCUCCUACUACAAUAUUAGUCCUCCUUGUAAUAAUGCGGAAGAAUUGUCCAACUUUUGCAACAUCAUUUUUUCAUUGAAUAUAUUUUGACAAUAUAUGUCGUGUGUCUGUAUGCGUUUGUAUUUCCCCCUACGUCACUUCCUCUCCAUUUUCCC